GAUGAUUCUUCGAUGAUGACAAGUCUCUAAAAUCUAAAAUUAGCGGCAGCAGCUCUAAGUUCUGUGCUGUGUUGGUCCAAUUUUGGUUCGACCAUAGUCCAUAAACGCACUCUGUUCUCAGAUCAGCUUACCGAUCAGUGCCGAAAGUAAUGAUGUAUCUAUCUUUUUUAGAAUAUCCAGAUUUAGCGUCAGUGACUGUUCGGUCUGGCGAGAAAAUGUGAGUUAGAGCAUGUAAUGCAUCACAGAAGGGCUGAUUUUCAAAAAUCGCCUAGUUUUCCGAACUACUAUCAAAGUAGUUUUUGAAGUCCGGCGACUAUGUCUAAUUCUCUGGCUGUUUGUCGCCUCACUUUCAAGCGAAAAACCAUCAUAGAAUCGCUUCCUAAAAUUACAGCCUGUCAAAUUGCAGUUUAUCUUUAUUCUACCGAAGUUUUUGACCCGGUUGUUCGUGACCAAGUCAUUCAAAGCUUACGUCCGUCACGCGAGCUUUUCGACCAGCUUAUUAAAUUAUGCCGGACGAAACCCGAAGCCUAUUUGCAGUUCUUAGAAGCCUUAAACAAAGUUGACAGAAAAAAUUUAAAAGACCAAAUUGAGAAGACGGAAGUGUUUGACACUCUGAAAAGUCAUCUUAAUUUCCUGGGCCAGCAUUUAAUUGUUGGUCCAGAAUCAAGAGUUGAAGACUUUGUAGAUUACAUUUUGGACAAGACUCUGGAUUUAGUGGUUCGCGAAGAGUUGAUUAGCAAAGACAGGGAACAAUUCGAUCCCGUUAAUUUAGGAUAUAACGUCACACUUCAUGACAGAGAUAAUUCUGGAUCAAGUACACCAUCUGUCGGAUACUCAAAUCGAAUUCUGGAACUCAACUUGGCCGACCAUUUUGGUGAGAGGAAGAUAUGGGAACUGAAAAAUAUUCACGAUGUCUCAUUUCUUCACGGGAAGUUCACGCUUUUAGAGGGUCCGGCAGGAAUUGGGAAAUCAACUCUGUUAGGUCAAUUAGCCAGUCUGUUUCUGAAAGGAGAUUUACCCAAAUUUAAUAACGUUAUUCUGCUCAGCUGUAGGAAAUUGAAUCAAUUUGGAGAUCGAAAGUUGACCUUUGAGAACCUCAUUCACAGCUACGGGUACACAGUUGAUUUCGACUUCACUUCUCAGUACUUUUCCGACCAGCUGUUUAUUUUUGACGGGUUUGAAGAGUAUAAUCGGCGAUGGACGUUCUUAAACGACGAAAACAAACCUGUUGAGACAAGAUUGUCAAUUGAAAGUGAUGAAAGGACAAGCGAUGAAUGGAUACGAUAUCUGAUUUGCUCCAGUGGGAAAAGUGUCGUUAUUGCUUCUAGACCCGGCUCGUUGAGAUUUCUGAAAGGUUACCCUUACAAGCUCCGACUCCGGGUUCUGGGUUUCAAUGAUCGCACAAUUCGCGAUUAUUUCCAAAUGCACAAUAGUGCAGAUAAAUUAGUCUGGCUCGUAAACCACAAGGGAUAUCUAUCGCUUUAUUCUCAGUUGUACAAACCUUUAAUCAGCAAAUACUACAUCAAAAUUUUGAAUCACCCCGAUUUCAAACAAUUCGAUUUGCCAAAAGCGUCUACUGAAGUCUACAAAAGAAUGUUUCUUCUGCACAUCGAGGAAGAGUGCUACGUGCAUCAGGAUCAAGUUAGAGAAUUCACAGGUUUCUCAGAAAAGAUGACUUCCAAGAAUUUGGUCCCAGCCUACAACGCAAUAGCGCUGAACGAUUUGAAAAGCGGCAAAAUUGUCGCCAACGACGUUUCUGAAGCGUGUGAUUUUCUGCAGAAAGUGUGUGCCGUGUGCUUUCAAAUGGUAUGUUCAGAUUGGCGUACGGGUGAAUGCAACAACAAACAGCCUUCGUUGCGGAAAUCUGAAGUAAACGAAGAACGCGCUUUCGAAGUGGCGAAAAGAUGUGGACUUUUUGUCCAUUAUGAUAACAGUGCUUUUGAUGAGCAAGAUGACGUGUUGCUACCCCAUCAUUUACGUGCCGUCGAAUUUGGUGCAGCGCUUCACGUAGUGCGAGUGUUCUACGCUGAAAUUGAAUAUGUGUGGAGAAAUGCUUUCCAAAGUGUCUUAAGUUUGGUGUCCAAAAAUAAAAUCAAAGCGGUUUUUGGAAAUUUGAAUGAACACUCGUUUCCACACGAUGUGAUCAAAUUUGCAGUAGGAAUUUUGGCUCAAUCUGAGAGCAAUAUUUCGCAACGUCAGAUGCAGAAUUUGGCAAAAACACAUUGCAAAUCCUUGAGUAGGCAUUUAAGUGACCACACCAUUCUGAAGCUAAGUGUUGAAGUUCCGGAUGACACUGUUUGGUUCAAGAAGUUGAAGUGCAGAACUGAUGAGAUAGUUGAUGGGAUGUUUGAGACUCUUUUGCCCGAAAAUGGAAAUGACGGCUCAGGAACAGAUAAUAGUACUGACAACGACCGGGUGCUUCUCAAAAUAGAUAACACCGAUGAUAAAAUGCAGCCAUCAGUCCUCUGUGCAAUCAUCCAAAUCCUGAGAGAGAAGAAGAUGAACUCGAGCGAUCUCUAUGUACCUUCGAAACUGCACUGUUUCUGGAUCAGACAUCCAUGGUUUAUAGAAUCCCUCAUGGAUCUUCCAGGCGUAGCCUCGAACUUGACUUAUAUUCACUUUUGGGGUUGCAAGGUUCAGAUUAUGGAGCCUUUGAAGUUCUUGAAGCAGUCAGAAAACCUGAAACAUCUGCUUGUGCAGAAGUGUAAUUUGCGGAAACUGUCUGAAGAAGAGCUUGAAAAAGUUCUUACUGUUCUUCCAGAGAACUUGGAAACCCUAGAUUUAACUGGCAAUGAAGUGACGUUGAAAACAAAUCAUAUGGAAGCCUUAAAGAGUUUAAAGUGCCUCAAAAAUCUCACCUUAGACGGAAACGCGCUACAGCCCUACGAACAAGUGAUCAACCUAUUGCCGAGUCAAGUCGAAAAGCUUUCCUUAGUGAGAACUGAUUUGGCAGUCUCGUCUGAAAUGAAUUUUGGUGAAAAGUUCCCCGCCUUGAAACAACUGGCUCUGAGCAUGAACAAAAUUAUUCCUGCUGCCGUCUUACUGAACCUUCCGGUAUCCCUGGAAGUUUUGGACCUGCAGAGAAAUCACAUCAACUUGAAAGAAACCCAAGUUGAAAAUUUCAGUUUUGGGUAUCUGAAAAGCUUGGAAGUUCUUAGUUUGGCAGAUACUAAAAUAGGCAAUGAAAUAUUGAAUUCCCCAGCAACUUUCUUCCCGCCCAGUUUGCGUGAUCUGGAUAUCUCAGGCGCCGAUUUCCAGUUUGAUGAGAUACAAACUAAUCUACUAUUUGAGCGUAUCCCGAAAUCUAUCCAGCGUUUGGAUGUUUCUUCAAAUGUGUUAAAAUUCGGGAAGGAUCUAUCUAAUCUGUCUUCUUUGUCUAAUCUUCAAGCUUUGGAUGUUUCUGACGUGAACAGUUUGUUCGAUAAACACAUUAACAACCUGGUUAAUAGUCUGCCUAAUAACUCUAUCAAAAUUUCGGUCAAACUGCCAAAAUACUGUCAAAGGUUUGAGUUUGAUAUGCAGAAAAGAGAAAUUGAAUUAGGUUACGCGUAAAUUUAGUUAACAACGCCAAUUUUUAGUACAAGGAAUUAUUUGAAUGCAAUUAUAGCUUUAGCAGCGCUGUAAAUUUUCAUGAAUGUCUAAUUAAUUUUUCUAUUGGA